GCUCCGUUCCGGGCGCAGCAUGGGCCGCGCGGCUCUCGGGCGGCUCCAGCUGCUGCUCCAGCUGCUCGCCUGGCUCAGCUUGGGACGCCCGGCCGAAGGCCUCUUUGUCACCGAUUAUUUCACCCGGACCCCCCGCAAGCUGAACCCAUUCCGCUCCUUCACCAGCAUCGAGCUCUUCCAUUUCCGCAUCCCAGAGGACACGGUCGUGGCCGUCUGGAACCUCAUCACCUUCAAAGAGCAGGGGGGCACCUUUGGGGACCAGUGCCCAGACCGAAGCAUCACUGUGUACUUCCGCUCCGGGGCGCCCCCUGUCAUCAACCCUCUGCGCACCCACUUCCCCCGGGAUACAGCUGUGCCAGGCUCCUUUGCCCUCACGCUCACCUGGACCCUGCCCAACCGGACCACCGGCGUCUUCAACAUCACCAGCCCCCUGCCUGGGGACUGGUUCCUGGCUGCCCACCUGCCCAAAGAGCAGGGCAAGAUCUCCGUCAAGGGCCUCGCUGAGGACUGCCAGUACCUCUUCCAGCCCCAGCUCAUCGUCCAGCGCCUGGUGGGGAUUGGGGUGCUGUACCCUGGCUACGUGACGGAGCACGUCCUCUCCCCCCACAACCGCUCCCUGCUGUACAAGGUCUUCAUCCCGAGCUACACAUCCCGGGUGCUGGUGCAGCUGAGGAACUGCCACGGCGCCAACCAGAGUGGGGAGGGCUGCCCGCUGUGGCUCAAAGUGCGUGGCAAGGCGCCCCCCCUGCACAACUCCACCGCCGUGGACUGCCGGGGGCGCCCCACCUGCCGCCUGGCCCUGGACCUCCCCUUCUGGCAGAACUGGUACUACAUCCUGGUGGAGAAGUACCUGGGGGUGGCCACCAACGUCAACUUCCAGCUGGUGGUGCAGCUGAAGGACUGCUCUCGGACUGGCCUGGUUCGCGCCCUCUUCCAGCUGCCUGGCUCCAGCCUGAACAUGCCCCACUCCUUUGGCUCCAUGGGGGGGCUGCCCCUGGCAGAGGUCCUGCCUCCCUCCGUGCUCAACAGCACCCAGCGCCCGGCGCCCAGCCCAGGGCCAGCGCCCAGCGAGUUAUGCCGCCCCAUCCGCCCCACCCUGCGCAAUGAGCUGGACACCUUCUCCGUCCACUUCUACAUCUUCUUUGGCCCCAACGUCUCGGUGCCCCCCGACCGGCCGGCCAUCUUUGCCAUCAACCUCCUGCCCAUCCUGGACAGCGGAGGAGCCCUCAACCUGGAGCUGAGGCUGAACGUGUCCUCUCUGCGAGGGGAGAACGCCACCGUUUUUGCCUGCCUGAAUCAUGAGGUCCCGUUGGCAUCCGAAGAGAACUCCUCAGUCACCUGCGAGACAGAGCUGCUGGCGGGGUAUCUCCUGUCCAUCAACGCUACGGCCCCCCUGACCUGCUUGCGGAUCCCGUACCCCCAGACUGGGAGCUGGUACCUGAGUCUGCGCUUGCUCUGUGCCGCCGACCGUGGCCUGGAGCCCUGCAGCAACGUGACGGCCGAGGUCUACCUGCGCACCUACCUGUCCCCCUGCAUUAACGACUGCGGCCCCUACGGCCAGUGCAAGCUCCUGCGCACCAACAACUACCUGUAUGCGGCCUGCGAGUGCAAAGCGGGCUGGAGCGGCUGGGGCUGCACCGACAACACAGCCGCCUUCUCCUACGGCUUCCAGCUCCUCUCCACCCUCCUUCUCUGCCUCAGCAACCUCAUGUUUGUGCCUCCGGUGGUGAUCGCUGUCCGCAACAACUACAUUCUGGAGGCUGCUGUCUACAUCUUCACCAUGUUCUUCUCCACGUUCUACCACGCCUGUGACCAGCCGGGCAUCGUGGUCUUCUGCAUCAUGGACUACGACGUGCUGCAGUUCUGCGACUUCUUGGGGUCCCUCAUGUCCGUCUGGGUCACCGUCAUUGCCAUGGCCCGCCUCCAGAUGGUCAUUAAGCAGGUGCUGUACCUCCUGGGUGCCAUGCUGCUCUCCAUGGCCUUGCAGCUGGAUCGACAUGGGCUCUGGAACCUCCUGGGCCCCAGCCUCUUUGCCUUAGGGAUCAUGGCCGUCGCCUGGACGGCCCGUAGCAUCCGCCGGAGGCACUGCUACCCUCCUACGUGGCAGCGCUGGACCUUCUACCUGCUGCCUGGAGCGCUGAUCGCGGCCUCGGCGGUGCUGCUCUACGCCUUUGUGGAGACGGAGGAGAACUACUUCUACAUCCACAGCAUCUGGCACAUGCUCAUCGCCGGAAGUGUGGGCUUCCUGCUGCCCCCCCAGGCCAAACCCGAGUCCCCCGGCCUGGCCGGCCCCCUCCCUCGCCGGAAAGGCUGCGGCUACCAGCUCUGCAUCAACGAGCAGGAGGAGCUGGGCCUGGUGGACCCUGGGGCGGGGGCCUCCGUCACCAGUGUCUGCACCAGCUGAUGGGGGACGCUCUGCCUGGGGAGGG